CGAGGGCCCGAGCUUAUUGGCCAUUUGGCAUUUCCAGGACUCAACGUUUGUGGCUCGGGAGCGUGAUUCAGACCGGUUGAUAUUUCUGGAACCCAUAUCAGAAUCCAUGCGGCGGCGGUCUCUCGUUUAAGCAAAAGCACUGGGCGCGGAACACUGGGUGUCACAAUCUUAGUCUUUAAAGUUCGGUUCAAGAUGAAUUCUACUGGUACUGUCUACAAUGUCACCGCGGUUCUGUCGAACCCCUACGUCAUGAAGAAACAUGGCGGCGGAUACAAGGGAUUCCUGGUUGAUUUGCUCAACAAAAUCUCUGAACAGGCGGGGUUCAAAUACAACAUUCAACUCGCUAAAGAUGGAAAUUAUGGCUCUCUUGUUGAUGGACGAUGGAAUGGCAUGAUUGGAGAGGUCGUAAGAGGUGAAGCAGACAUUGGUCUGGGAGAUAUCACUAUUACAACUAUGAGAGAGAGGUAUGUGGACUUUUCCAAACCUUAUCUAUCCCAGUCGCUACGUCUUCUGGGUAAGAAACCUGUGAGAUAUUACCCUGGCCUUGGCACCCUACUAGAACCGUUCACGGUGGAGCUUUGGCUUUCUAUCCUGAUUGCACUUCUUCUUGUGGCAAUCCUGUUCGUCGUCAUCGGUCGGUUCAACCCGUUUGAAUGGAGGCAAGUGGCAUCGGACAAAGACCCCAGAGGCGCAAGGCACAGCUUUGGUCUGAGAGAGAGUUUCAUGUUUGUGUUCAGCACUAUCACACUUCAAGGUUACCGAGAGACUCCCCGGUCUCUGGCAGGUCGCGUGCUGGCGGUGUCCUGGUUCAUCUUCGUCUUCUUCACGGUUGUGGCCUACAUAGGAGCAUCCACGGCCUUCAUGUUGGCGGGAGGAAAGUUGGCCACAAGCCCUCCUGGUGAUCUUGAGGACAUUGUUAAUGACAGGACAGUCCAAGUAGGAAUGGUGAGGGGUGGAAGUUCGUUUCAAACUUUCAGGACGAGCACAAUAGACAUCUAUAAUCGUCUGGCGGACUAUGUUGAAAUGCAGGACUCGUUUGUGAGCACCGCUGAAGAAGGACUUGAAAGGGUUAGAGGCGGUGGUGGAGACUUUGUAAUGUUGAUGGAGUCAUUGAGAGCAGACUACAUUGCCCAGCAGUUGCCCUGUGAUGUUAUGGCGUACGGCAAAGGUCAUUUCAGUAUGGGCUUGAGUCUUAUCACAAAGCAUGGGUCAGGUCUAAAGCGGGAAAUAAAUGCCGCACUGCUCAGAUUGAAAGAAGAUGGAAUAAUAGGGAAGAUGCAGCAAAAGUGGUGGACAUUAAUGGGGAGAUGUCCAGUGGCUCGUGUUGCGAACAAGCAACAACCAACCAUCAUGGCUGUACGAGUCGGGGCUCGGAGACUUGCAGCACCGUUCCUGCUGCUGCUGAUAGGUGCUAUCCUGGCUGUUGUGGUCCUGGUGGGCGAGAUCGUCUUCAGGAAACUCAGGCAGUAGAUGCCCGCACUGCAUUCAUGCAUGGGCCGCCCUUCCACGAGGUUACGUCUCGCGAACUCAUUACCAUUCUUCUCGUCACUCUAUGGCUUUAUACUGCCGGAGAUACUGCCGAUGUGACGUUAAAUAUUAACUCACUAUUUACCAUUCCUCUUUGCUUUUAGUAUCAACACCAUGUGCAUCUUAAUUAGGUGUUGUAUUGACUGUUGGCACCGUGUCACCAUGUAAUCAUGGACUUAUGUAUAUCUAGAUACAUGGACACCCUAUAUAAACAUUUACUUUGACGAACGUGUGCUUUACGAUCUCUGCCUAGUAGAUGAUCGCAAUAUGGCUGAGAGAUACUCCUCUUCCCUUUGUAUAUCAACUUUUCCCGAAUAAAAUUACUUGCAUGUGCA